AUGACUUCGAUUGGUACGGGAUACGAUUUAUCGGUUUCAACUUAUAGUCCUGAUGGUCGUAUUUUCCAAGUUGAAUACGCGAAUAAAGCAGUAGAGAACUCCGGAACGGUGAUCGGAUUAAAAGUUAAAGAUGGAGUUGUUUUGGCAGUUGAAAAACUCGUUCAAUCUAAAUUACUUGUACCUGGUAGUAACAAACGACUUGGAACAGUUGAUUUACAUAUUGGAAUUGCUACUGCAGGUCUUUUAGCUGAUGGAAGACAACUUGCUCAUCGAGCCAGAUCAGAAGCUUCAGCUUACAAACAAAAUUAUAAUGCAUCUAUUCCCAUGAAGAGACUUGCAGAUCGACUUGGCCAAUUUUGUCAAGCUUAUACUUUGUAUGGUAGUGUGAGACCAUUUGGGGUAUCUGCUUUGGUGGGAGGUUUAGAUAGUGAUGGAAGUCCAAGUUUGUAUUGUUUGGAACCUAGUGGGGUAUACUGGGGGUACCGGGGUUGCGCGAUUGGUAAAGGUCGUACAUUGGCACGUACAGAGAUUGAAAAACUCAAACUAGAAGAAAUGACUGUACGAGAAGCAGUAGAUGAAGCAGCCAGGAUAAUUCAUAUGGUACAUGAUGAAGUUAAAGAUAAAGAUUUUGAACUUGAAAUCUCUUGGAUUUCUAGUACUGAAACUAAAGGCAGACAUGUUGCUGUACCUAAAGAUAUUAUUGAAGCGGCUGAAGCUAAAGCUAAAGAAGCUCUUUCUUCUGAAAUGGAAGAUUAA